UGUAGCCUAACGUCAGCUAGUCUACAUUACUUAGCAAGGUUUAACAUUAUCAGGUUAUUUCUCCGUGUAGAAUGGGAAGAGCCCCAGCGAAGGCAACUGACGGCAACGAGCUUUGCGUUUAUGCUGGUUAUCAGGCAUUUGCCGUACUAGUUACACAGCAGCACGACACUAUCCCGAUUUGCCUAUCUUAGUUUUAGCUUAGCUCCCUUGCCGGUUCCCUAUCAUACGAGCUACCUGUACCUAAAAUGGCAACUACUCGGGAACAGGUAGGCUAUCUCAACGCCACGCUGUGUACAGUCACGCCCAGCUAGAUUCCAAAGCGAAGCGCAGAUCAGUUAGUCGAUUGCCGGCAUCCAGAGUCGUAGCCAUGCGUCAAGUUUUGGCUGAUCAGCUGGUGUGAGCUGUCAUCAUAUUAAGCGAAUACCACGUAGUGACAACGUCAGAUCAGGUUGUGGGGCCACGGUCAUAACAGUAGCCUGUCCUGUCAAGUUAACUUGCCAGUUCAUUAUUUUGGUAAUGUUUAUUUAUAGCGCCCUAGCCAGCUUAAUAUUGUUUGCUAUAUAGCAGGCUAUCUGUUGACUUUGUAAAAUGGGACCGGUUGCGACUUAGGUUUAGAUAGAUACGGGUCGUCAGUUAUUCCAAGCGAAGCAACGAGUUGUCUGGUUAGUUGGGAUAACCGUAACUUUUUACUGUGAAAUUAAUGUCCUCUUAUAUGUCUUUACCAACAUUAAGGUCGUUGUUUCUCAGUUUCUAAAAUUAGCCUAUAUAUAUUCAAGUUCCUAAUUGCUGGGAUUCAUGAUGAGUUAUUUGCAUAAUUAAACAAAGACAUAAUGAAAAGCUAUUAAUGUUAACUGGUCAUGUGGCAACUAAGCAGUUGAACCUUUUUUUAUUAGUUGAACCAUUUCGGCGGAAUUAAUUUUACCAUUGACCAGCUUCCGCGUUCACCUGCUUCACCGCAGGUACAGUGCAGUGCUAUGACCAGGCUGGCUUGAGACUGAGCAGCGGUCCCAGUCUCCCUCCCACUGGUUCUCACGCUGUCAGUCCAAGUCGGUCUACUCAUUCUUCAUUCUCUCUCUCUUUCCCUCUCCGCGGGUCGGGGAUGAACUCCCUUGUGUUCGGUUUGUCAGCCCGCAUUACCGCGCCCGCCAGUUGCCAGUGUCAUGUGGCCGUCGCCUCUCGUCAGGGUAACCGCACAGACACUAGCCGCAAUGCGCUUCAUGCUGCUGUUCAGCCGGCAGGGGAAGCUGCGGCUGCAGAAGUGGUACACGCCCACUGCGGAGCGGGACAAGAAGAAGAUGGUGCGCGAGCUCAUGCAGGUGGUGCUGGCCCGCAAGCCCAAGAUGUGCAGCUUCCUGGAGUGGAGGGACCUGAAGAUCGUCUACAAGAGGUAUGCCAGCCUGUAUUUCUGCUGUGUGGUGGAGGAGCAGGAUAACGAGCUCAUCACCCUGGAGAUCAUCCACCGCUUUGUGGAGCUGCUGGAUAAGUACUUCGGCAGCGUGUGCGAGUUGGACAUCAUCUUUAACUUUGAGAAGGCCUACUUCAUCCUGGACGAGUUUCUGAUGGGCGGGGAGAUCCAGGACACGUCCAAGAAGAGUGUCCUGAAGGCCAUCGAGCAGGCGGACCUGCUGCAGGAGGAGGACGAGUCUCCUAGAAGUGUGCUGGAGGAGAUGGGGCUGGCGUAGUCUGCAGGGCGGGGACUACAGACCUUAAAAGGACAGGGUGGGAGGAGCCUUUGUGCUGCAAGAGGAGGAGUUUGACUUGUGGAAGAAACCAGGACAAAGGAGAUGAAUGGAACCAUAAAAAAAAAGAAAAUUGGAACUAAAAAAAAGUGGGUCUGAAUUCUUAAAUACUGGGGGUUGGGGUGGGGGGGGUGGUAAGAAAAAUUUGCAACAAAAAAGGAUAUAUUUUCUCUUUGCUAUUAAUGGGGUAUGAUGUGAAUUCUGAGUGUAUUUAAGCAUGGCUGUGGCCUGUAACUUUUUUUUUUUUUCGGGGGGGGGGGGGGGGGCUUUGGAGGGUGAACAGAGCGAUCUGCUGUGGUUGGCUUUUAGGAGGCGGAGCCUGAUCUGGCACCCCUCGCAGGCAUUACUGCCUAGCCCUCAGUUUCCCCGGUAACCGCUGGCCUGCCAUGACCGUGCCUGAGACAAACCCGUGCUUGAUUGGCGUUCUCAUCCCCCCCCCCCCCCCCCCCCCCCCCGCUGCCGGUCAGUGCGGGGGAGGGAGGCGGGCGGGGGUCUUAUCUGCCGCGGCUCAGACGUGGUGGGGGUGGGGCACCCUCUUCCUGGGGUUGCUCAGACCUGAUAACCCCCGUCACCUCUUCCAGAAACACUCAAAAUGACGCGCGCUUUAGAUGGAGAUCGUCAGAGUAAUCCAUUAACGGAUCAGGUCCUGGGUCUGCCUGAGGACAGAUAGCGAGUGACUCGCGACAGGCCCUGGCAGGUCCCCUCUGUGUUUAGGGGGCGGAGCCCAGAGGCUCACCUAUGAUUGGCCUUCUUGAUUUUUUUUAUUUUUUAUGUUUGUUUUUUAUUUUCACUGUUUCCAAAGAGAUUACUUCAGUCUUUCUGCCUGUAAGACAGCAGUCAGGGAAUGGAGAGACCGAAUAACGGGAACAGAGAGGAGGAAGAGUAGGGCCUAAGGCCUCCGCUCGCUGGCGAAUCACACCGAGGCACUCGAGUCUUACCGAGCGUGCGUUUCCCGCGGAGCACGGACUCACCGGGGGUGUGGGUUUACCCACAGGAUACUAACCCUAACGGUGUGGGUUUACCCACAGGACUGUAGUCCUAACGGUGUGGGUUUACCCACAGGACACUAAUCCUAACGGUGUGGGUUUACCCACAGGACUGUAGUCCUAACGGUGUGGGUUUACCCACAGGACUGUAGUCCUAACGGUGUGGGUUUACCCACAGGACACUAAUCCUAACGGUGUGGGUUUACUCACAGGACUGUAGUCCUAACGGUGUGGGUUUACCCACAGGACUGUAGUCCUAACGGUGUGGGUUUACCCGCAGGACUGUAGUCCUAACGGUGUGGGUUUACCCGCAGGACACUAAUCCUAACGGUGUGGGUUUACCCGCAGGACACUAAUCCUAACGGUGUGGGUUUACCCACAGGACUGUAAUCCUAACGGUGUGGGUUUACCCGCAGGACUGUAGUCCUAACGGUGUGGGUUUACCCGCAGGACUGUAGUCUUAACGGUGUGGGUUUACCCGCAGGACUGUAGUCCUAACGGUGUGGGUUUACCCGCAGGACUGUAGUCCUAACGGUGUGGGUUUACCCGCAGGACUGUAAUCCUAACGGUGUGGGUUUACCCACAGGACUGUAAUCCUAACGGUGUGGGUUUACCCACAGGACUGUAGUCCUAACGGUGUGGGUUUACCCACAGGACUGUAAUCCUGGGUGCAUGUCUAACAUACUGUAUCAAAGUCCCAACAUAAAAAGGGAAGAAUGUUCAGAUUUUAUUUUAUAAUAAACAAUAAGUGCUUAAAAAAA